CGCUGUUUUUGACCUUUCACCGACUCCCCUGUUCCGGUUCCUCUCUCUCUCUCUCUCUCUAAAAAUACAGAGAUAUGUCCUCCGCCGGAGUCACUGUCGCCGACGUGGGGCCGCAAAUGUAUUUCUGCCAUCAAUGCAACCGCACCGUCGACAUUACCCCCUCUUCAACCGACGAGCUCCUGUGUCCAACGUGCAAUUCUGGUUUCGUGGAAAAGUUUGAAAACCCUAACCCUGACCCUUACCCGACAUUUUCCGAUGCGUUCCACUCCCUGUUCAGCAGCUUGUUAUUCCCUUCGCACUCUCAUUCUUCUUCGUCGGUCGCCUCCUCUCUCUUCACCCCCUCCGACCUUCAAAAUCCCAGAAUCUACUCCUCUCGCCAUAGCCGUCGCUCUAAUCGGGAACAUGAAUCUCCUGUCAGGGGCGAGCGUGAAGAGUUCAACCCAUAUGAUUUUCUGUUCAGCUACCUAACUUCUCGCCAAGCAGACGGUGUUAAUUUCGAGUUUGUAUUUGAGGGAAGCCCAUUUGGAGGGGAAGGGAGUUCCCUACUUCCUGGAAAUAUUGGGGACUAUUUCAUUGGUGCGGGAUUUGAAGAUUUAAUCCAACAACUUGCAGAGAAUGAUCCGAACCGAUAUGGAACACCGCCAGCAUCCAAGUCUGCAGUGGCAGCACUGCCAACCAUUAAAGCAAAUAAAGAUUUACUCAGCUCAGAGUUGGCACAAUGCGCUGUCUGUAAGGAUGAUUUUGAGCUCGGAAUGGAGGUUAAACAGAUGCCUUGCAAGCAUGUCUACCACAAUGACUGUAUCCUGCCAUGGCUUGAGUUGCAUAACUCGUGCCCUGUCUGUCGCUAUGAGUUGCCUACUGAUGACCCUGACUAUGAGAGCAGGGCUAGGGAAAAUGGAGGGGGAUCGGCCGCAGGCAGUUCUGGUAACAGUUCCCAGGGGCAGAGGACCUUAGAGAGGAGGUUCACAAUAUCAUUGCCACGGCCCCCAACGGAUUUUGGACGGUCACCUGAUGGUGGAGAUUCAGAGUCUGGUUGGCAGCAGAAUAGGGACUCAAAUUAGUUAAACAACAUUUGAUUCUUUCCUUGCUCUUACUAUGAAUAUAUAAUAUAUAUGGCUGGAAUUCUCUAAAGUGCUGGCUAUGUCAUGUGUGGCAGAGUGAAAGUUUACAGUCAUGAUAAGUAGAAAUGGUAAAUUGCUUCUUGGGCUGGAGAGAACCUUUUUUAGAGAUGCAAGGCAAGAUAUACAAAUAUGAUGUUUUUGUUGGAGCAGGCAGUCAAUGACUUGGUCAAGUUUCAAUUUAUUUUCAUCUCUCCUGUGGUUAGUGAAGAUUGGAUCAUUCUCUCUUGUGCACACUUGAUCUGGAAUUUUGGCACAUGAAUUUGAUCUUUAUGCGGCUAAUGAAUUGCUUUGAAUGCACAUUUUGGCUGAAAUGCACUAGAUAUUUUUU